AUGACUUCUCCGAAAACAGCUUUCAUAACAGUGUCAAAAUUGAGCCUAACAAGUGCCAUACCUUUUGGAGAAUUCUGUGAUGCAGACAAGGCCAGUAACCUUCAAGAUAUUGAUAUGGAUGAAUUAUAUGAAGAGUAUGGGAUUGUGGAGGCGAUUAUCAAUACUCCUGAGAUGGAUGUAUACCCGAGGCCUUUGGACGUAAAUCGUAUUGCUGAUCUAAUAGAAGAUAAAUACUCAUGCAACCUCAUUGAGAGACAUCUACAUGCUUUGAAGAGACUGGUGAAACAUUAUCAGUUUGGUUUUCCAAUUAAAGACUUGGUUCCAGUCUUUAAAAUUCUUAAUCUUUGUGCAGAGAAAGUAAAAGAUCAAGAUGCUUAUGUGGAGCCAAUCUGUAAAAUUCUUGAAUUGUGUGGCUUACCUUUUCUCAAGGAGAAAUCAACUGAUGAAUCUAACUUUGCCCAGGUUGUGUCUGAGUCUAUUUCACAAAUGGGAUAUCUACUAAGGGUACCUAAUAGGGAGAUCCGACUGCAAAUCUGCAAUUCCAUCAUGAAUUUGUUUUGCACAGAGUCACCCAGAAAGGAAGUUGAAGGAUUCCUUCCAACUAGUAAGACCUACAAUAUGCAAAUGAUUGAAGAAAGUGGAGUGGUAGAAACUUUGGUCAUGGGUCUCACUCUAGUUGGAAACCAAAUGGAAGUGAAGUUAACGAUAAUCAAGACCUUGCAAUGUCUUUCUUCCUCAUCUGUGAUGAACUGUAAUCUGAUGUUAAAUGCACAAGCAGCAAACAAAAUCUGCCGUUGUAUGAAUGAUCCCGAUCCAUCUGGACAACUUCUGUUUCUGUCAUCUGAUAUCUUGUGGACAUUGCUCGAAAAGACUUGGAAAACAGAACUUGUUAAUCAGCUGAGAGAUUUUGAGUGUAUCCAUGCAUUAAAAGAAGCCUUUCUGAACAAAAUGAUAAAUGGAUAUCGUCAUUCUGACCGCCAGCUGCGUAAUGACUUGCUAGUAAUAGCUACAAUUCUAGUAGAGAAUCCCUUGAUUCCAAUGAUUGAAACUGGCUUUACUAAGCAACUAAUUGUAUUUGCUGUAUUCCCUGAAGUAAACACUCAUAAUCCUUUGGUUCAUGGCCUGAAAAUUUCCUCCAACCAUGAAGACUUUGAAAUGAAAAAAAUAUUUUUCCAGUUGCUUGUUGCCAUGACUAAUGAUCUUGCUUCCAUACAGCUACUUAGUGAAGGGAAAGCACUACUGGCAUUAUUUCACUAUGUUGGGAAAAAUGAGCAAACUGGAAUUAAAGGAUGGUCUGCUGCACAGUUUGAGGAGCUUCAGCUUCAUGCUUUGGCAGCUUUGAUGUCAGUAGCUCCCCUCAUGUUGGAAGAUUACAUGGAAUGUCAGGGAAAUACCCGCCUUCUUCUUUUUUUGGACUGGUGUGUAAGCCAAGAUCCAUACUUUGGUAAAGGCAACUCUUUCCAUGCUACUGGUGGACAUGGCAAUAAGAAAGCUCAAAUGCGCUUCUGCCUAAGGCUCCUGAGAUCUAUGGCAUCUCUUGGUGAAGAAAUGAUAAACAAAAGUUUGUGCGACCAAGGGGUCAUUAAUCAACUUAUAGAUAUUCUGAAAAGUAUGACAGACACUUCAGAGGAAGAGAGUGAAAUUAAUUUGAAUAUGCAAACUGACAUCCUCAUCAUCUUGUCCAGUAUCUGCGAAAAUGAUAGUCAUAGAAAGGAACUGUUUGGUGCAUAUGGAGUAGAAGUUCUCAUUAAAUUUCUAAAGAUUGAACCAAUGAAGUUCUACAGUGGCAGGGGUCACAACAAACUCAUAGUGGCCACAGUUGACUGUAUCUGGUGUUGUGUUGUUGGAUGUUAUACAACCGAGAACAAUUUCCUUGAAAUGGGAGGCAUUUUCCUUCUCCUGGAUUUGCUUGAAUCAAGCUCAGAGCGCAUACAUAAUUUGAUACUCGGAACAUUGCUUGAGUUAUGUGAAAAUUCCGAAACAAUCAGUCACAUAAAAGUGUGGCGUGGAAAAAAUGAUUCUACCGCACCUUGCCUUCUACUGCGUCUUUGGAGGCACAUAGAGAAAGAAAUGCGAGUCAAGCGGGACGAACAUGGAAGGAUUUUAGAUGCCAAGAAGCCCCUAACUGGGUUUAUCCAGGAAGAAUAUGGAAUAACAACAUUGCCAGCCAAUUGCCUAAGCCCUGCAGUGAUUGAUGUUUCUGAAAAUUCAAGGGUGAAGAUUUAUUCUAUUUUCUGUAAAUUAGGUUUUGAAGAUCUUCCUGGAUUAUCCUCCAAUGAUUUAAUUACACUAGCCAUUGUACGUCAUUACUUAGAUUUGAAGGUGGGGAGUGUAUGGAUGGAAAUUAAAAAGGAACUUAAACAGGAAGCCAUCCAUCCAAUUAGUAGAGACGUGGAGGGAUUGCAUACUAUAACAAAGCACUAUGAGAAUGUUAGCAGACGGGUGGCACAAUAUCAGACGGAAAUACUUGAAAAUGAGCAAAAAUGGGAACUGCUGGAUGAACACAGAAUGUAUUGCAAGAUACAACAUAAUUUCAAACAGAGAGAAUUGUCCUUGAAAUCAUGGAAUGAAUAUGUGGCUAGGACAUCAAACUAUGAAAACUUGAAGAAAGCUAAAAAGCUUCAAGAUAAGGCCAUCCAAUCUUCCAGGGUCAGAAAAAAAGGGCAUGGUUUCAUUUUCCACCGGCCGGAAAUUGCAGGUUUACAAACAACGGGUUUCUGGGCUCGUUUGGUUACAAUAGAAAGUACACCGCCACUGUUUUUAGAAGAUUCAUUAUCCUCUCUUGCUCUUCAAGAAAAAAGUGUUUUCAUAAGAGAUGAAGUACUGAAAAAUGGGACAAAGGAGAUGAAGAAUAAGAAAAGUUCUGUUUCUAUAAAAAGUGCAAAAUAGCAAUUAUCAUAAAUAAAUUCAGAGCAUUGUUUGGACAUUUCAUUGCAUUUGACUUUUAGUUAAAUAUUUUAAAAAAAAGAAAAUCUUCUGAAUAACAUUGUUUUUGGAUGGAACAAUCAUUUAUAUACAUUUAUUUAAUGUAUAAUUGAAUUAUUUAAGAGGGAAUGUUUAAAAUGAAAA